AUGCCAAGCUUCUCAGAACCCAUCGACUCCGUUGUCGCGAGCUGGAGGAAACGCAAGCGGGACCAUGAAGACAGCACCACUUUGACUCGUCCUUCAUCCUUCAUUCCGCUCCGUGUAGAGCGUACCGACUACGACAGCAACUGCUCGCUCCCCCUGUCCCGGCUCCCGAUAGAAGGAAGUGACCUAUCUUUCCGCCCCCGCUGUCUCCCUCGCAAACGCCGUCACCUCCAGCCUCCAUAUCUCGCCCUCUCAACACACCAGCAAUCCUCCCUCCUCUCGCCCAAUGUCUAUGCCCCUGCGCAAGACCCUUAUUCUCCACCUGUCUCGCCCAAGACGAUCGUGCCACUCUCUUACCCCUCAACUUCCCCCUCCGCUCUUCGACCAUGCCACAUCUGCCACCGGCGCCCAACUACACGACAAGUCCUCGACGCCUACGCUGAUUGUGAUCUCUGUGGUGAGCGCGCCUGCUUCAUCUGUCUUCGCCAGUGCGAUGCUCGGGAUUGCCCCGGCUCGAUCAACGCAACCUUUGACGGCGAGCCGGAUUGGUCGGCGCCGAGUGAGGACCUCCACGGGGCGGCCUUGGGACGGAGACGGAAAAUCUGCUCUAGCUGUGCUGUCGAGGGUAUCACGGAAAUAGGCACUGAGAUUGUGAGAUGCCUCGACUGCGUGCGGGGCCACUCGGCGCCCUGGUCAGCGGGUUCGAUGGCAUCUGGGUGGACGCUGGAUGGGACGAAUUGUCACACAAUGGGUGGAUAA